UGAAGUGAUUCUCUGUGCAUUUGAACGUUAAUACGCUGAUUUUUGCUUUUGAAGUCUAACCAUUUCCUGCCAUAAGUUAAUAGAAGUUUUUGAGAUAUGGAUCCAGCUUUAGAAUUUGAGCACUUAAUGCUGCGUAAACAGGAACCCAUACUGGAAGCCAUCGCCAACGGGGAUUCCCCCAUCCAAAGAUUUUACAGUGGCAGCAAAAUAUUCAUAACUGGUGGUUAUGGUUUUAUUGGUAAAUUAAUUAUUGAGAAAAUAUUCAGGGCUUGCAAUGUCAAUAAAAUUUACGUUUUAAUAAGGUCUAAGAAAAAUUUGAAACCAAGAGAGAGGCUUACUGAAGUCCUUAAGGAUCCCGUAUUCAGUAAAUUACAUGCGGAGCAACCUGACUUUGUCAACAAAAUUAUAGCAGUCGAGGGUGAUUUAGGUCAACCAAAUAUUGGAAUGAACGAUGAUGACUGGAAUACUGUUCAAGAGGUCGAUAUCAUAUUCCACGUAGCAGCGCAUAUAAGAUUUGAUGGUGAACUAAAACAGGCUAUAUUUACAAAUGUACGUGGUACAAGGGAGGUGCUACGACUGGGUAAAUCUUGUAAGAACUUGCGCGCUUUAGUGCAUGUGUCCACUGCGUUUACGCACGCGAAAGAAAGCCGAAGGGGAUGUGUGGUUAGCGAGAGAUUUUACGAAAGCCCCGGCGAUCCAGAUGCUAUUAUUAACAUUGCCGAGUCUUUGGAUCUUGAGAAACUAGAGGAAACAAGACAAUUGAUGUUAAGAGACUGGCCGAAUACUUACACGAUGUCGAAGGCGUUGGCUGACGAGUUGGUGCGCAAAAUGGCGGAUGACUUGCCGAUUUGUAUUGUUAAACCAACGCUAGUAAUAUCAUCGUAUAGCGAACCUUGCCCUGGCUGGCUAGAUAUGACCUGUGUUUAUGGAGCUACAGGAUUUCUUCUAGGCAUAGGUUUGGGUUUAAUUCAUAUAGUUCUGGUUAAUAAGAGAAAGAGAUUGGACAUAGUACCAGCUGAUAUGGUCGCAAAUGCUGUAGUCGCUUCAGCAUGGGAGACAGCAAAGAAAACAUCGAAUGAACCUCAAAUAUACACUGUAACAAGUAACAGGAAUCCAAUAACAUGGGAUUUUUAUUCUCAAGUUGUAAGAACUGUAGGACCAGAUUACGCAAGUCCUAAAGUUGUGUGGUCACCGUUUGUUAUAGAAACGAAAAGUGAAUUAAUUUUCUUUAUAUUUACAUGGAUAUUGCACUUUGUACCUGCAUAUAUUAUUGAUGUUGUUUGUUUAUUGCUUGGGAAACCACGAAGAUUUGUUAAAUUAUAUGAGAAAGUAUACAAAAGUAACAAACUAUUUUCACAUUUUAUACAAAAAGAAUGGCUAUUCUGUGAUAAAAAUUUGCAAGAAUUAUACAAGAAAAUGUCAAAUACAGACAAAACAAUCUUCAAUUUCAAUAUAGUAACUGUUAACAUGAAGCAACUCAUAACAACAUGGAUUCUAGGAAUUAGAAAAUAUUUAAUUAAAGAUGAUCUUAAAGGUACAGAGUUUGCUAAGAAAAAAACGUUCUGGCUAAAUAUACUUAACUAUAUUAUAUUGACCGUAUAUGCUUUUUGUUGGUGGAAAAUUUUGAAACUAAUCUUCUGGUCGGCAGUCAAAUUGUAUAAUUGAACUCAAAGUAUAAAGUUAUAUAUUUUAAAUAUAUCGCAAAUACUUAUUAAAUACUUUUGU